AUGUUCCAGCGCAAAUACAUCCUCCCCGAUCUGUCCUUCGGCCUCAUUGACGAGGGUCGUCUCCAACUUCUGGACAUUCUAGGCGCAGGUGCCUAUGGAACCAUUUACCGUGCAGUAGAUCGCACUGCCCAGUUGAACACACCCUCGUUCCUCGCCGUCAAAGUCCUUCCGCUCGCAGAUCGGUGGACGGGCCGUGGAACCUACCAAGCCCGCGAGAUCGGGUACCACCACUAUGUCACCGCCCACCCCAAUAUUCUUACGCUGCACCGUGUCGUGCGCGACUCGCAGUACCUCUACAUUGUCCUCGACUACUGCCCAGACGGCGACAUGUUCCGUGUCGUCUCACGCACACGCAAGUUUGCCCGUAACGAUGCGCUCAUCAAGCAUAUAUUCCUCCAAGUGAUUGAUGGAGUUGAUGCUUGCCACCAGAAUGGCAUCUUCCACCGCGAUCUCAAGCCGGAGAACAUUCUCGUCAGCGCUGAACUCCAAAACGCAUAUCUGGGCGAUUUCGGGCUUGCGACGAGAACUGAAAGCAGCACCAACUUUGGCGCAGGAAGCUCUUACUACAUGAGCCCGGAAUGCUUGAACGCAGAUGGACACCAUACGUCGUACUCACCACGUCGAGCUGACAUAUGGGCAUUGGGUGUCAUACUCACCAACAUGAUCACCGGGCGCUGCCCUUGGAAGCGUGCGGCUCUCGACGACGGUUGCUUCCACAACUACGUUCGCGAUCCCACCUUCCUGCGUCAAAUGCUCCCCCUUUCAACCGCCGCCGAUAGUAUCCUCCGCCGCAUCUUCACCAUCCUACCUGAAGAUAGUAUCGACCUACAGACACUUCGUCAAGUCAUCUCGGAGAUCGAUACCUUC